CUCCGCGUGUGUGUAGAGCUACAUUUCAAAGCGCAGAGCUACAUUUCAGUUGACCUGUCAAAGACGCGCAACUUCAAGUUCAGAGUACUCAUGGCGGCAUACCUAAGACGGUCACUGGACUAGCAUUUGUGGUGCUAUGUGCAUGUCUUGGAGGCGGCCUGGUUGGGUCUGUGGUUAGAACAAAACAAGGAAUGGGGGAUGGUGCAGGGCAGCAGGAGUAUUCGGGGUACCCCGGCUGGGGCGGCCAGGCAGGGUGGGGGCAGGGUAGCUACCAGCAGUACCCAGGCUAUGUAGAAACCCCCGCCGCCUGGACACAACCCAGCUACCAGCCGCCCACAGACCAGGUUGAAGCCGAGCCGGGGCCUCCUGGGGAGGAGCGGCCGGGUUCGCAGAAUGUCACGGCCCCCGAGCCCCCAGCCCCACCCCAGGGCAGCCAAUCGGGGGCACCUCCGGAGUACUACUUUCCGCAGCAGGAGCAGCAGCAGGCAUACGCGGCACCACCGCAAGCCAACGGCUACCCUCCCACGUAUAAUGCCUACCAGUACCCGCCCUCGCAGCAAGGCUACGAGGCAGGCACUUAUGACUAUGGCCAGGCCCAGGCGCCGGGGUAUCCGCCCCAGCCGUCAGCGCAGGCGGAUGGCUCUGCAGGGUACCCCGCUAGUGGCCAGUACGAUUACUCAGGCUACUACUCGCAGCCUGCGUAUGACACCCAGCAGGCGUAUCAGCAACCGUCCUAUCCGUACCCCCCCCAAGCUCCCCAGCAGUACGACUAUUCACAAUGGCCUCAGUACGCUGCCACCGCGCAGGGGGACUCAAGUGCGGCCGCGCAGGGCGCCACUCCGGAGGGCGGGUCACAGGCCUACCAGGCUCCGAGUGGGUACACGCAAGAGUUUGUGGCAACGCCCUCUGCAGGACCGACAGAGGCCAACGGUAGCGCGACCAGCUAUGCAAGUGUGGUGGCACACGGGCAAGCCGCGAACCUGGGCGUCACUCCGGAGGCGGCUCUUGCCCUGUCCAUGGCCCUGUCGCAGAGCCGUGGGGCCCAGCAGCAGUCCCAGCAGGCCCUCCCCCCCCCGCCGCAGCAGGGGCAGCCCCCGUCCUUUGCCCAGGCCGUUAGCCAGCAGACGGGGGUCAAGGAGUGGACCUGGAACACGGGCAAGAUGCAGAUCCCCACGAACCCGCGCCUCGCGGGCAACUUUGCGGGGAAGCCGAAGCCCCUGCCCAAGGAGCCCCCGCAGCCGGCGUACGUCACGGUGGAUGCGCACAAGGGCCCCGAGGCCAAGCCAGGCGGGGACGCCAAGGCCAGCGACUUCCCGCCGGCGCUGCGCGGGUACGUGCAGCGGUGCUUCGAGCGAUGCAAGACGGACGAGCAGCGGAGGGGGGUCGAGGUGGUGCUGCAGGAGAUCAUCCGGACGGCCACGCGCGACAACACUCUGGCCACCACGGACUGGGACACCCAGGCGUACCCGCCCAUCCUAACCGGCCCCGCGCUCUCCAAGGCCGGCGCUGGCGAGCGCCGGAGCAGGUGGGAACCGGAGCCGCCGCCGCCCAGUAGCCCGGGGGCGGAGAAGAAAACGCGGUGGGGGGCCGAGAGGCCGAGCCCCACCAACGGCCAUCCCCACCCGGGGCUAUUCUCACGGCUGGGCCUUAAGAAGUCGACAAAUAUGACCUGGGUCCGGGGCCAGAGCCCCGAGAAAGGUGCAAAACCGAAACCGUCCCCAAGGGGGAGGAAGCGGGGGAGGAAGGCCGCUGCCGCGGUGCCGGACGACAGCCGGGGGUCCAGCAGUAGCGAGAGCGGGGGGGGGACGCCCCGCAAGAAAGGCGCGGGUAAGCCCACCCCGGAGGAGGUCAACCGGCGAGAGCGGCGGUCGCGACGGUUCGAGGGGCCAGACGGGAAGAAGGGGCGGCGGCGGGGGGAGCCGGUGGCCGGGGAGGCGAGCCUGCGCAAGGACCGCGCAGCGCUGCUGAUGGCGGCCGCGGGCCAGGGGGCCGCAGAGGACAUCGACUGGAGUACCAUGACGGUUAAGGGGACCAGCCAGACCGUGGAGAAGAAGUUUUUGCGGCUCACGGCAGCGCCCGACCCUAGCACGGUGCGGCCGGAGCCGGUGUUGCACCAGGCCCUGGCCAUGGUGGAGGCGACGGAGCGCGACUACUACUACCGCUGCGACCAGCUCAAGAGCAUGCGCCAGGACCUCACCGUGCAGCGGAUACGCAACGCCUUCACCGUCAGGGUGUACGAGACGCACGCGCGCAUGGCGCUGGAGUUCGGCGACCUGGCGGAGUACAACCAGUGCCAGGCGCAGCUCAAGAUCCUGUACGCCGAGGGCCUCCCCGGCUGCGUCCACGAGUUUGCCGCGUACCGCCUCCUCUACAUCGUCUUUCACCACUCCGCCGGCUCCGCAGACCUCCUCUCCGAGCUGAAAGGCCUGAGUGCGGAGGUCAAGGCCAGCCACCCCGUCUCGCACGCGCUCAAAAUCCGGGCGGCUUAUUCCGCCCACGACUACGUUAGCUUUUUCCGGCUGUAUGAUAGCGCUCCUAACCUAAACAAACGUCUAUUAGAUUUGCGGGUAGAGAAGGUGCGCUUUGAGGCCGUCAAACGGAUGACCCGGGCCUUCCGGCCGAACUUGCAGGUCGCCGAGGUGGCCCGCGUGCUCGGCUUUGCGGCCGCAACAGGGCCCACCGCCGAGGUGACGCCCGAGGAAGUGGACGACUGCGAGGAGUGGCUCACCGCGCACGGGGCCACCGUCGUGACCGACAAGGGGGAAUCGUUGCUUGAUACCAAGGUUAGCCAAACCGCCCUCUUUAUCCCCGUGCCUGCGGAAGCUGUCGCACAUGGGGAUGCCAAUCUAGCUGCGAACGCCUUCUUUGCGAAACGAACCGUGGCUUAAGGCUCUUCAAGUCGUCUUUGUUGUUUCCCUCGGGAGCCUUCUGUUGAUCACAUAUUGCACGCAGCUUUUGCUUUUGAGCAACUCUUCAAAAAAGCCCAGUGCAGCGACCCCGUUGGUCUGCUUCGAAGUGAAAGGCUGCCUUUCAUAGGUGUCCGCGUUAUCGGCUCAGUGCCGCUGUAAUGACGCUAUUUAAGCUGAGGCCCUUGAAGGGCAUAUUAACACAUCAUGGAUUUCAGGAGAAGCACGUAUGAAGAAAAUGGGGGGGCGAGAGCAUUCUCACCGGAAUCCAGAUUUGACAUACAGCACCUGC